AUGAACGAAGUGAUUUUUCGUCUGCCAUUUGAAAUCAAUGAUGAUGAACUUGGUCCAUGGGAUGUUCUGCUUAGUGAUUUUGCGAUUAGAGAUAUGCGAGUGUUGGAUCCUCUUGCGAUUAAGGCAGUCACGGAGAAACUAAUGCAGAUAUCAAGCGGAAAAUGGAAAAAGCACAAACUCCAGCAUACAGUGGAAUCUCACUCUCAAAUCGUACCUAUUUAUGUGGCAGAGCUUCCAGAUAAUGAUGGAUUGAAAAUUCUCUGGCAGGUUGAUUAUGGAUUUUCUGUUCGUAACAGUUCAUUCAUCCAGUAUGUGGAGGUUUGGGCAGUCACUAAAAACCAGAAGCAAAUUACGGAUAUAUUAAAAAAUACAGAAUUACUUCAUAAAGUCUACACUUCUGAACAUAAACACCGUUGUACCUUUCAACAGACCAGCAAAGAUGAUAUCAUUUUACCUGUAACCUUUGGAGGUGAGGAAGUAACAAAGUCUACCGAGCGCAGAUUGAGUAGUAACCAAAUGGAUGAUGAAAAUUUGUUAAAGAUCCAUGAAAUGCUUACUACAAAUAAGUUUGUUCCAUUAUCAAAGGACUUGUUUAAGUCACUUGUCAGGGGUGGCACUGACUUUACUUUUCAAGUAUCUGAGCUUGAGCACAAAAUUAUCAACCAUCCCACAUCAGCAAUUGUUGUUGGUCGUUCUGGAACUGGCAAAACCACAUGUAUUGUGUUUAGGCUUCUUGCUUCGUAUCUGAAAAGCCAUCUCAAUAUGAUAUCAUCUUCAAAUGACAAUGGUGGGAAUUCUCAGAAAAGGCAAAUAUUUAUCACAUUGAGUGAAAACUUGUGCUGCAGAGUAAAGGAACACUUCAACAAACUGCGAGAGUCCGCAUUAUUUGCUAAUGAAAAGAUGUCAGAAGCUCAAUUUCACGAGUAUGUGCGUAGAAAAGGGGAGGAAAAUGUUAAUUUAGAUGCAAAUGACACAAAGCUUGAAGAGGAAGAUAUGCUGAAUGACAUUCCAAACUCAUUCCAUUAUAGUAAACUGACAGAUGACUAUUUCCCAUUGAUAAUUACUUACAAAAAGUUUAUCCAAAUGCUCCAGGGAACUUAUGGCAUUGAUUUUCAGAAUCCAGCCAAACAACCAAAAUUUAAUGAAAAUGAUAAUGAUAUAGAGAGAUUAUUACACCAACAAGACUUUAUCAGUAGUGUGUCAGAUGCAUCAUGGAGACACUUUGUAGACUAUAAUCUCUUUGCAAAUAAAUAUUGGCCUCAUUUCAAUGAUUAUUAUAGGAAAAAUCUUGAUUGUGGGUUGGUAUUCUCCGAGUUUGCCAUUAUCAAGGGCUCUAAUCUGGAGGGUAAGCAUCUAUCAAGAGAGGAAUAUCAAGAAAUCAGCACCAAGAAAUACCCAGCAUUUUGUUACAAUCGUGGUGAAAUUUAUGACUUAUUCCAAGAAUAUCAGAGAAGAAAGUCUAGAAAUUUUGACUAUGACUCAAUAGAUAUGACUAUUGAUAUUUUACGCUGUGCUAAAACAAUAUCACUUAAUUCAUUGCAUAUUCAUGAACUGUAUAUUGAUGAGUGUCAGGACAACAACAUUGUAGAUUUAUCACUUAUUUUAAAACUUUUUGAAUUUGCUGACAGCAUUUUUUUGGCCGGAGAUAUAGCACAAUGUAUUGCAAGAGGUUCAUCUUUUCGGUUUCAAGAUCUGAAGGCUUUAAUACAUGAUUGGGAGGUUGAUCGAUUCAAUGUCAUUCACAAUAGGCCUAGAAACAAAAAACCAAAACAACCAGAACUGUUUGAAAUGAAGAUUAAUUACCGUUCACACAAUGGGAUUCUUAAACUUGCUUCAUCAGUGAUUGAUCUUAUCACUCACUUUUUUCCCGAUUCCAUUGACCAGCUGUCACGUGAAUGUGGCGAAGUUGGUGGUCCUCGACCUAUUGUCUUCAAUGGGGUUGAGGCUGAACAAUUCUAUUUUCAUGUCUUCUCUAUGGGUGAGGGUACAAGUAACAUUGAGUUUGGUGCUGAGCAGGUCAUUAUUGUGCGUGAUGAUGAAACUAGAAAACGAGUGAAGAAAAAAAUUGGUAAUGCAUUUGUAUUGAUAUUGACAGUGUUUGAGUCCAAGGGCAUGGAGUUUAAUGAUGUGCUGUUGUAUAAUUUCUUCACUGAAUCACCUGCACAAUCAAAGUGGCGAGCAAUACACUCUGCUUUUGAUGAUAAUUCAAAAGGAAUUCAACCCUUUUCUCAUGAGAAGCAUUACAUCCUUUCUUCGGAGCUCAAGCACCUUUAUGUUGCAGUGACAAGAGCACGACAGCAAAUUUGGAUUUAUGAUGAGGAGACCAAAUGGAGUGAGCCAAUGCAUAGGUAUUGGGAGCACCAUGAUCUAGUCAAAGUAAUUAAGGAUGUGGAUGAAAUCAGUACUUUGCCCUCCUUGGCCAAGAAAAGUGAUUCAUAUGCAUGGGAUCGACGAGGAAAGAUUUUUUUUGGACAAAAGCAAUAUGAACAGGCAGUUCUUUGCUUUAGGAAAAGUGGAAAUCAAGAGAACUGUAAGCUAGCAGAAGCAUAUCAUUUUCAGCAGGUCGCCAGAGAUUCUAUAUAUAGUUCUGAUGAUAUCACUAUGAAAUUUAAUUUCACUCGUGCUGCUGAAGCCUUCAAAAAAUGUUCACGUCCAAUCCAAGCAGCUUCAUGCUAUCAGGAUAUUGACAUGCAUGAAGAAGCUGGUGAUGUGUUUGUAGAAUGGGAUAUGUUUGAGCUUGCUGCCAAUUGUUACUCUAAAGCCAAAAAAUGGGACAAAGCGGGUAAUAAUUUUCAAAAGGUUGAGAAAUAUACUGAGGCUGUUGAUGCCUAUAAAAGUGGUGGAUUUUAUGAAAUAGCAAUCGAUCUGAUGCAAAGAUACAGACAAGAAAUUGAUGAGAAGACAUUUAACCGUGUUUCCCGUCUUGCCAACAUUCAUUAUCGUCGGGAAAACAACAAAGAAAUGAGUGAAAAGGCUCUUUCUAUUCUUCCUACAAAAAAUGAACAAAUGGAGCUUCUACGAGACCAUGCACCAGAAGAGCUUUUGAAGGUUUUUGAGAAAAGUGGUGAUUAUUUCUCUGUUGUUAAAGAAUUAUGCUCACGUGGCAAGUUUGAAGAAGCAGCUGAUAAGAUUAUUAGUUUGAAAAACAUCAUGAUUAGGCUUCUUGCCAAGGCAAGUAAUUUUGUCAAGAAACUCAGAUCACAAUCAUUGGAAAGAUCUGAGGAGUGGAGAAGCUUUAUGAAAGAGUUUCAAUUAUACUUGGCUUAUUUAGAUGGGGACUUCAAUAGUGUUCAUAAGUAUAUACAAUUAUUUAGAAGUCGCAGAGAGCCUGUUGCUGAAUUUUGUGCAGUAAAUAUAUUUCUGAAAAUUAUCCCUCAAUCAGCACAGUAUUUGAAUGAAAGAUUGCAAUGUCUGUUAAGGCUAUGUGAAUUGACUUUUCCUUUUAUAGCACCACAUCAAAGUGCUGACAAUAUUGAAAAAAUUUGCAAGGAUUUUGAAGAUAUCUUUUUUGUAAAUGUGAAUGAAGUUGAGAAUCGCCCACGUGAACGGAAAAUUUUUUUGGAUAAUCCACUUCUUCAUAUGUGGGAUGAAAUUCAUCAUGAAAUCAUAGAUGAUUGGCAUGUUUAUGAAGUGGAUGUUUUGCACCUGAAAAUGAGACAAUUCCUUGCUUCACACAUUUUUGAGCUCAUCUGUGAGGUUGACUAUAAAAAUCAUUCUAUUCCAGAUGUAAGUUCACACAUCUGCCGCUUUUUUGCAUCCUGUCAAAAAUCAGAUUGCAAAAAUCAUCAUGUGGUUCCAACACCACUAAUUCUACACCAACGUUUGAAACUUGCAAGUCUCAACUAUACUGUUAUUCGACAGUUGGAUGUAAUAUAUCAUCAUCAUGAGCUACUUAGAGAAGAUCAGAGUAAAAAGGUUCUUGGGAUACAAAGACGGUGGGCUGAAAAACUUGUUAAAUUUCAUAUUCGUUAUCAAUCACCACAGGUAAGCUGCCCAGAAAUAACUCAAAUGGUACUCUCAGAGCUUCCUAAACACACACAUUCUGGAUUUGUCAGUCUUGCUCAAAAAAUAUGGUUGUUUAGAGAGUCUGUGAAUGCUGACAACUUUGCAGCUAUGUUAAAAUGCAUGUUUAUUUUGCAACAGCUGAGAGACAAAUGGUCUGUUGAUAAAUUUAAUUGGGAAAUGUCAAAAACAAUAGGGCUUUCCUAUUCUUGUGAAUUACCCAUUGGUUUUGAGGACUAUGGGUAUCACCAAGCAAUUCCAGUUGGAAGGCGACUUUCAUUAUUCUUUGAUAAUCUCUAUAAAAACAGAAUUUGUUAUGCAAUUUCACAUGCAAAAGUGUUUAUUCAAUAUGCUAUAAACUACACUCAACAAGUCCAAUUGGAUAGCUCUGAUGCCUUUGGUGAUCUUGUAUCUCUUAUGGAGUUUACAGCAUCAUUGAUUUUUGCAGCUAGUCCUAAAUAUUGUGAUUUUUGUCUCCCUCGAGCAUACCUUGUUAAUUAUUUUAAAGCAUUCACUGUGAGACCACUCACUAUGGAUCGACAAUAUGCUUAUGACAGAGAGAACUAUCUAGCUGCAAUUAAUGAUUCUUUCAAUCAAGUUAAACAGUUUCUUCUCCAAAAGGAAUAUGAAUUGAAGAUUACCCUUCGACUGAUACGGCUCUUGGUCCUCAUUGGCUUGAAUGAAUCUGUUUUUGCACCAAAGAUCUUCAAUCUUUUCAACCACUUAAACAAUAAAAUCUUUUCUCUUAAGGCCAAGAAAUAUCUGGCUGAAGAUUAUAUGAAAAAUGGCUCUAUAUCAAACUCACUUUAUUGCCUUGUGAAAAUUUUGAAUGAUGACUUGAAGGAGAAUGGCUUUGAUUCUCUAGUUAUUGUCUAUUAUAAUUUGAGAGGCAUCUCAAAAUUUCACAGCUUCGAGUCACAUGGUAUUGUGAAGCUUAAAUACACUUCUAAUCAGGAAUUCCAUUCUGCUCUUCGACAAAUAAUAACACCAGUAGCUUCCAGCUCAAUGUCUGCCAUUCUUGUUAAUGAAGAUUAUAAUGAAGAUGAGCGGUUUGAAUUCUCUGAUGAGACCCAAGAACCAGCUACAGAAAUCCAAACAUGGUUUCAGCAGAUCCAUAAUUCUCCCCAAGCCAAUGAAGCUGCUACAAAAAUCCAAAACUGGAUUCAUAAGACUCUUGAUCGAAAGAAAUCCCGUCAACUUCAUUAUGAUCCAUUGCUAGAAAAGACAUAUAAUGAAGUAACAAUUUUUUGCCAGAAUUCCUUGAGGCAUAAAAGGCGCAAGUAUAUUAUUCUCUUGAGAGGACCAACAGUGGAUGUGAUUGUGAAGCUAAAUAAACUGCAGAGCAGAAUGGAUGUAAUCAAAGGAAAACUGAAUAAAACAAUUAAUAAUCACUCUAUUGAUAUGGACAAAGUUGAAGAAUGUGUUGAACUGCUAGAGGAUCUUAAGUACAUCCAUUAUGAGAAUGUUAAGCUAACAUUGGGCUCAUUGUCAACAACUGAGAAUGUAAUGGAACACAUGCGAGAAAACAUUGAAUGGUUGAAAAAUAAAUUACAAGAGGCACAUGAAAUAAUUAACCAGAAUUUAUAA